AUGGCCGAUAACCACGCCGCUCCCUCCCCCUCGCGCGACUCGCACGACCUCUCCCUGUCCCCGCGUGACGUGACUCGCGACUCUCUCGUCGUCAACAUGCUCCUGUCCUUGGACCAGCUGUCCCUCGGUCAACCCCCCCUCCAGACUUCCCUGUACGGCAGCAGAGGAGGAGACCGCGACCACGACCACGACCAGGACCGAGGCGACGACAACAACAACAACAACAACAACAACAUCGACUAUCCCUCGCGUCCGUGGACCGACAAAUCCACCGCCAGUUCUCGCCACCACCAUGACCAUGACCCGCGUGCCCUUCACCACUGGCACCAGCCCUCCUACGGCUCUUCCGACUUUGAUUCCCGCGCCGUCGACUGCUCGGCCCCGACCACCGCCGCGAGCCGUCCGCCGUCGCGAGGACGUCGCAGCGACAGCGGCUCCAGCUUCCUCCAGGAGCAUUAUUGCCCGCGAGCAAACAGCGUGCGGGAGCCGCCCUACAAGGUCCUGAACAGCACGCCGCCCCGGAUCAGGCGCCAACGCCCCGGCCGGCAGAGCAACAAGAGCAACGCGAGCAGCAAGAGCAGCAAGAGCAGCAAGAGCAGCAAGAGCAGCACCAGCAGCAGCGCGAGCGUCGACAUGGCCUGUCCGUAUCCCGCCGGCCACCCAGAUCGACGCAUGGCGCAGAGGCCCAGGAGAUCUGCUAGUCUCGACCACGGACCUCGGCGCCAGCCACUGCUCCAAAAGUCCGCUUCGUCGUCGCCCUUCCACGCCAACCUCCCCGGCGGCAUGGCCAGCAACCACCACGACGAUGCAGCCCCUACCCCAAACGUUCCCGCCGGGCCGCGCCGCGCCAGCUCCGGCGUUCCUCUCUCGCCUCGCCCUCCGCACCUUGUCAAGGCUCGCACAAAAGACAGAGACCGCGCACGUAGCACAAACCCGUCUGCCCGAAGCUCGCCGGGAAGAAGCAGGCGAGGGACUGCCCACCAAGUCGCCGCACCACCCGUCCAGACCAGGGCCACAAUGGUCAGCGACGAGCCGCACUCCGCUCCUGCCCCCAGCGUGGGCUAUGGCAAAUCGAAAGAACCGGAUACCGCCACCGCCUCUGCUCCCCAGUCCAAGGACCGUCCUGGCUUCUUCAGAAGAGUAUUCGGGUCGUCCAAAGCCAACAACAACAACAACAACAACAACAACAACAACAACAACAACAACAACAACAGCAGCAGCAGCAGCAGCAGCAACCACCCUGCGCCCGUUCAUCUUUCUGGUCCUCAACCGACAUCCGCCCGCUUGCCGUCUUCCCCCGGCAACACAAGUUUCUCUCAGCAGUACUCGACUGCUCCUACAUCAGCCCCUCCCUCUCGAGACCUGUCGUCAUCACACUCGCACAACCAUCCCCCGCUACAGAAGAAGUCGUCCUCCUUUUUCCGCCGCCGCAAAAAGUCAGUUGCUGAUGGGGUGCCUCCUCUGCCCAACGCAGAUCAAGCCCCCCCCUUGCCUUAUUUAUUUCGGGCCAAACCAGACCCGUUCAGGAACGAAGCACGCGCACAGGACGCUGCCAGCUCAGCAAGCAGCCUUGGUCAAGGCCUAAGUCAACAUCUCGGCGAACCUUCCACGGGCCUUGGUCUUGCGGGAGUCGCGGUGUCCACGCCGUUGUCCGACGUUACCAACACACCAAGCACCAAGUCUGACACUCAUGGAGAGGCUGGAGCCGAGGAAUAUAAACGAGACUUCUCCCCGGACUACGAGCCAAGCCCGACCGCUCGCAUACGAAAGGUUCGCCCGGAGCCUACUGCCGACCGACUUGAAGGCACACCGUCCCGGACACCACCCCAGAAGCAGUUUCCCCGAAAACUGCGAGCCAGCAAUUCUUUCCUCGAUCUCGACGCCGGCAGCGAUUGCGACGAGCAAGAUGACGCGGCGCAAAACAACGCUGACGCCUUGCCUUUGGAAACGAGGGCGAGCGAUGACGAGGAUCGGGACGCCACGAUCCGGGGCAGGAAGAAACAGCCCACGUCGGGGCUGGACGAGGGCACGAGGCACGCAGCGCCACAGCCAAAGCUCAAACCGCCACAAACCGAUGGCCGUAGAUUGACGAGCUUCGCGUCAGGCUCCACCGAAUCAGGGUGCAAGACUGCUCCGAGUGCGCCGCCGAGCGUCCUUGUCGAAGAAGACGGCGACCCGAACCCCGCGGCGCUGGGCUCCGUGCCGUCGGUCAAGUCCUGCCAACCGCUCGACGAGCCCGACUUCAUCCUUGGCGAGCCCACCGAGGACGACUGCCAAAAAGCGCAGAGGAUUUACGAUGGCGGCGAAGAGUUUAUCCAAAAGGACAAGGCGGCAGCCUGGAUGGGAGAACAAGGUCCCGUCCGACAACGAACCCUCCAAGCCUACAUGGACCUGUACGACUUCAAGGAUUGCAGCAUCCUCGCUUCUCUAAGACAUGUCUGCGGACGCCUGGUGCUACGAGCCGAGACGCAGCAGGUUGACCGUAUCCUGGUUGCAUUUUCAAAACGUUGGUGCAACUGCAAUCCACAGCACGGUUUCAAAACGACGGACGUUAUUCACAUGAUUUGCUACUCAAUCAUGCUGCUGAAUACUGAUCUCCACCUGGCGGACAUUGAGCAAAAGAUGACGCGAAGCCAGUUUAUCAAGAACACCAUGACCACCAUCACACAGGCAGUGAUUGAAUCCGCUCCCAAAGCCUUUGGACGGCCAAGCAUCCUCCCCGAAAAGAACGGAACGCUCGGCGCAGAAGCAAGCCGUCCGAGGGCUGAUAUAGGUCGUUCGAAUCGCCACUCCUUCCGCCCCCCCCCUCGCCAGAACGCAAACUCGAGCGACCUUGAUGACUGCGGCCCGCUGGUCAAGGCCCCCUUCAGCGGAUCCAUGAGAGCCUGGGAGGAACAAGUCGAGACGGUGCUGAAGUCCAUCUACGUCUCUAUCCGCGAGGAACGACUUCCGUUGUUUGGGUCCGAACACGAAAGACACAUCGCAGCAGCCCCUUCGCAAACCAGCUUGUCUGUCCUGAGCAUGUUGAAGAGGAGCCCAAGCGUCGUGAGCAAGACGCCUUCCGACACCCAGCUUUCGACGCGGGGCAGGGUCGUGGACGGCAGCCGCGCCAACAAAGCAUCGCGAUGGACGUCCAAGAGCAGGUCCCGUCCCGGCAUCGGCCGCAACGGUUUCUCAUCCAGCCGCACGAGCUUCGACGACGGCAACUCCAUGUGGAGCCCGGCAAUGUCCUCGGCCACCUGGAGCAAGCACUCGCUGGGGAGGACCCAAGGCUCCGUCUCGCAAGACUCGUUUGCCUCGUCCAUGCCGCGGGGCGACUAUCAGAGAUCCAUCGGCUUCGCCAACGCCUUGAGCCAAGCCAUCGUCCGGGACGAGGACGCCAGCGGGGGCCGAGACCACGCCGCGUCGUCGUCGAUUCUCAGCGCCGACCUCUCCUCCCCCACCCAGUUCCUGGACGACGAGUCGCUCGAGCUGGCCGGCCCGCCGUGGGUCAAGGAAGGCAUGGUGAUGCACAAGCACCACUUUGACGGGUACGGCAAGCGGGCAAAAGACCGCAACUGGACCGAGGUCUUUGCCGUCGUCGAGAAGGGCCACAUGAGCUUGUUCUCGUUCAACGCGAGCAAGUCGAUGCGCCAAAAGAGCCGGUCGAGGAACGGGGGCGGCGGGCCUCCCGGGCCCGUUGGCGGCGGCAACUGGCAAGACAACGCCGUCAGCCUGGGGAUGUUUAGCCUCCGGCUGACGCUGGCGUCGGCCCUGCCCCCGCCGGGGUACUCGAGGUCGCGGCCGCACGUCUGGGCCCUCAGCCUGCCCACCGGCGCGGUCCACCUGUUCCACGUGGGCACGCCGGAAAUCACGCGCGAGUUCGUGAACACGGCCAACUACUGGAGCGCGCGCCUCAGCACGCAUCCCCUCGUCGGUGGCAUAAGCAACAUUGAGUACGGAUGGAGCGACGGCAUCGUCAACCACCAGGCGCUGGCGGGCGCCGUGGACGCGACGUCGACUGCCCCCGGGGGCGGCGGCCUCGGCCUCGGCUCCCGGCCGGGCAGCAGCGCGACCCACGGACGCAAGUCGAGCGUCGCCAGCAGCAGCUUCCGCGGCCCGAGCUUCGACCAGGCCCCGGGCGCGGCAGGCGCGGUCGGCUUCGCCAGCAACCCCGGCGGGCGCGGCAAACUCGCCGGCGACCGGGUCCACAUUGCCGAGUGGUCGCCGCCGACCCAGAGCAUGCGGCCGAGCAACGCCUCCGAGGCGGACCAGCUGCGCACGCUGGCCUCGUACGUCAAGAGCAUCGAGGACGAGCUGCAGACCCACAACCAGCUGCGCAGCCCCAUGCUGCUGGCCUUCACGCCCAGGGGGCACAACGCCGGCAAGGCCAUGGCCAACUGGGAGCGCAAGAGCGCCUACCUGCUCCGCGAAAUCGUCAAGUUCCGCACCUACGUCGACUGCCUGCAGCAGGCCGAGGCGCGCAAGCGCGAAAUCUACACGGAGAGGGAGGCGGGCUCGGCCCCCAGGGCUGCGGGGGGGGGCUACUCGAGCGACGGAGACGCCGGGGCCGAGGCGGAGGCGGAGGCGGGCGGACCCGAGGAGGAUGCCGACGAAACCCUGCGGCCGUGA